CUAAGAGGAAGGUUACAGGGAAGGGGAGAGAGAGAGAGAGAGAGAGAGGAAUAUCCAAAAGGCAUAUGUGGAGAAUAGAGGGAAUAUUCUGAUUUCAGAUCCAUGGAGGUGCUUUUUAUAUAUACCUUUCUUCAACCCCUCGGGCCUCAAAAUCCCCGCAAUAAAAAAAACAAAAAAGACAAGAAAAAAACACAGAAUCUCGGUGGUCUGCAUCAAUGGCGCUAAAAGCCGUUCAUGUCACCGACGUCCCCAGCCUGACCAAAGUCCCGGAGAAAGUCACCUUCUCCGGCGGAGUGGAAACGGCGUCGUUCGUGGUGGUGGGACACAGGGGUCACGGCAUGAACCUUUUGCCCUCUCCCGACCCAAGCUUUCCAACUUUCCUGGAAAACUCCAUCUCCUCCUUCAACGCCGCCGCCAAAUUCCCCAUCCACUUCGUCGAAUUCGAUGUUCAGGUGACGAGCGAUGGGUGCCCGGUCAUUUUCCACGACAAUUUCAUCUGCUCCGAAGAAAACGGAGUGGUGUACGAGAAGAGGGUGACAGAGCUGAGCCUGGAGGAGUUCAGGUCGUACGGAGGGCAGAAGGAGAAAGAGAGGAAAGGGAAGCCAUUGAUGAGGAAGACCAAGGAAGGGAAGAUAGUGAAGUGGAGCAUCGACUCGGACGACGACCCGCUCUGCACUCUCCAGGAGGCUUUCCAGGAAGUGGACCCCGUCCUCGGUUUCAACAUCGAGCUGAAGUUUGACGACAACCUCGUCUACUCCCACGAUCAUCUCUCCCGUCUCCUCCGCCCGAUCUUGCAGGUGGUGUCUGAUCACGCCAAGGACAGACCGAUCAUCUUCUCCAGCUUCCAACCAGAUGCCGCCUUGCUCGUCAGGAAACUGCAGACAUCCUAUCCUGUGUUCUUCUUGACCAACGGAGGGACGGAGAUAUACAAGGACGAGAGGAGGAACUCGCUGGAGGAGGCGAUAAAGCUGAGCGAAGAAGGAGGGUUUCAAGGGAUAGUGUCGGAGGUGAAGGCCAUUUUCAGGAAUCCUGCCGCCGUCACCAUCAUCAAACAAUCCAACCUCUCUCUCCUCACUUACGGGAAGCUCAACAACGUGGUCGAGUCUGUCUAUAUGCAGCACCUCAUGGGCGUGGACGGAGUCAUCGUCGACCAUGUCCACGAGAUUUCUCAUGCCGUCUCCCGCAUGAUCCAUGACCAUGAUCAUGACCAUGACCAUCCUUCUAAGCUCAAGCCUCGCUUCUCUGACAAAGAGCUCUCCUUUCUUCUCAAGCUCAUCCCUCAGCUAAUCCAACACUAGGCUAACCUUACUUCUCUUCCCAACUUUAGGCUGUCUUUUGUCUUUUUUUUGUACAGAUUUCUUCUGGGUCUUGCGGCGGGUGGUUUAUUUCUUGUCUGAAAUGGAUCAUUCAUCAUCAUACCCUAAUUUCUUUUUGCUUCCAACAAAACCAGAAACGAAUAAUCAAAUCCACCUUUAAAUGCA